AUGAACAUCCCCAAGUCGAGUGUCUCCAGAGACUGUAGACCAUGUCCUUGGAAGCUGCACAGUUCAUCAAGAGGCCCCAACAAGACCCCGGCCUUCGAGCCUCAGAAGCUGCACAGUUCAUCAAGAGGCCCCAACAAGACCCCGGACUUCGAGCCUCGGAAGCUGCACAGCUCAUCAAGAGGCCCCAACAAGACCCCCGGACUUCGAGCCUCAGAAGCUGCACAGCUCAUCAAGAGGCCCCAACAAGACCCCGGACUUCGAGCCUUAGAAGCUGCACAGUUCAUCAAGAGGCCCCAACAAGACCUCGGCCUUCGAGCCUUAGAAGCUGCACAGUUCAUCAAGAGGCCCCAACAAGACCCCGGACUUCGAGCCUCGGAAGCUGCACAGCUCAUCAAGAGGCCCCAACAAGACCUCGGCCUUCGAGCCUUGGAAGCUGCACAGUUCAUCAAGAGGCCCCAACAAGACCCCGGCCUUCGAGCCUUAGAAGCUGCACAGUUCAUCAAGAGGCCCCAACAAGACCUCGGCCUUCGAGCCUUAGAAGCUGCACAGUUCAUCAAGAGGCCCCAACAAGACCCCGGACUUCGAGCCUCAGAAGCUGCACAGUUCAUCAAGAGGCCUCAACAAGACCCCGGCCUUCGAGCCUUAGAAGCUGCACAGUUCAUCAAGAGGCCCCAACAAUACCCCGGACUUCGAGCCUCAGAAGCUGCACAGUUCAUCAAGAGGCCCCAACAAGAUCCCGGACUUCGAGCCUUGGAAGCUGCACAGUUCAUCAAGAGGCCCCAACAAGACCCCGGCCUUCGAGCCUUAGAAGCUGCACAGUUCAUCAAGAGGCCCCAACAAGUCCCCGGCCUUCGAGCCUUAGAAAAUGCACACCUUCGAGCCUUAGAAGCUGCUCAGUUCAUCAAGAGGCCCCAACAAGACCCCGGACUUCGAGCCUCAGAAGCUGCACAGUUUAUCAAGAGGCCCCAACAAGACCCCGGACUUCGAGCCUCAGAAGCUGCACAGUUUAUCAAGAGGCCCCAACAAGACCCCGGCCUUCGAGCCUUAGAAGCUGCACAGUUCAUCAAGAGGCCCCAACAAGACCUCGGCCUUCGAGCCUUAGAAGCUGCACAGCUCAUCAAGAGGCCCCAACAAGACCCGGACUUCGAGCGAGCCUUAGAACCUGCACAGUUCAUCAAGAGGCCCCAACAAGUCCCCGGCCUUCGAGCCUUAGAAGCUGCACAGUUCAUCAAGCGGCCCCGAAAAGACCCCGGCCUUCGAGCCUUAGAAGCUGCACAGUUUAUCAAGAGGCCCCAACAAGACCCCGUCCUUCGAGCCUUAGAAGCUGAACAGCUCAUCAAGAGGCCCAAACAAGACCCCGGCCUUCGAGCUUCCCCUGUUUAA